AUGCUGAAAAAGAAAAUUUUCAACAAGGACACUGUUAAAUUUCAAUUCAACUUGUCGGUCGAUCAUCUCUAUGAUUUCAAGAACACCUCCUUAAACAAGCCAGGUCCCGAAGAGGAAGUUUCUUAUGCUAUUUUGUGGAAAAGAGGCAAGAAACGUAAGGGAGAAACUCCUUAUGUCAAAGUAGAACGUGACACCAUCACUUGGAAUACUACUUUUAAAUUCAAUGGUACACUUGCAAAAAAGAAGGGAGCCUUUCAAAAGAAAGACCUAAUGAUAACACUGGAGGAAAAAAUUACAAACAAAAAGACGAAUCAAUCCAAGAGCAAUGUAAUGGCAAAAGAAGAGGUUGAUUUGGCACAAUUUGUUUCUGAAGACCAGGAAGUAACUCAAACCAAGGAAGUGAUAAUGACCAUCGGAAAGUUGUCAGGAAAGGCCAAGCUUAAAAUUGUUAUCAAUUCCAAGAAUUUGAAAAACGUUGCAGGAGCUGACGACGAUUUUGAAGGUGUAAGCACAUUUACAGGUGGAGAUGCUGUAGAAGAUGAGGAUGAAGCUACUCAUCAUGAUUACGCAACUCCAUAUGAUGGAGGAUCAUUUAUGCUUUCAAAAGGCUCUCUGUCAGAACAUGGUCUUGUCCCUGAAUUGAGAAAACAAAUUGACACACUCCAAAAACGAAUCAAAGAAUUAGAAGUGGAUGACAAGACUUCAGUGGUGUCACAAAUAUCAAAAGAGAGGGAUAGUCUUUUAGAAAAAUUGGAAAUGCUUCAAAAAGAGUCAGAGACAUUGAAAGAAGAGCAUUCACGAGUACAAGAAGCUCAUCAAGAAGCUGAUAACAAACUUUUUGAACUUCAACUCAAGCAAAAGCAAGCUCAAACAAAGUACGAACAACAAAUCAAGCAAUUGAAGGACAAAAUUGAAGAGAUGGAAGCACAAAGCGUCGAAGUCGAGCAACAAAAAGAAAAAUUGCAAAAAGAAAUCAAAACACUGGAAGAAAGGAUAGAGUCUUUGCAACAUGAGGCAAACAAAAAAGAUGAGCUUCUCCAAGAAGCUAAGCGACAACAGGAAAAAGCUUCACAUGAGUAUGAAAACAGGAUUGAAGAAUUACAGGAAGAAUCGUCUUCUGUCUCUAUGAAACUCAAAAAAUCGGAAGAAAAGCACGGUCAACUCGAAGAAUCUAUUCAACAGCUAAAGAAAGCAAAUGACGAGUUGAACCGAGAGCUUUCUAAUCUGAAACAGUUUGAAACAGACUCACAAAACAAAGGAAAGGACAUUGAAAAGUUUAAGAGCGAGCUGAAAUCGCUACAAGAUCUUCGUGACAAAGAAUCAAAAGACCAUGAAGAGACUAUCCAAAAAAUUUUGAAAGAAAAGACUGAAUUGUUAUCCAAAUUGGAAAAAACAAGUGAGAGUCUUGAAAAAUCACAAAAGGAACAUGAAAUUCUUAUUUCUUGCAUUCAAGAGUAUAACAAGCUAAAGAAAAAGCUUGAGGGAGCGAUGGUGCAUGUUACCGAUGACUCCAAUUUCAAACAUAAGGUUCAAGAGGCAACCAAAAUUUCUGAUGACUUUGUCAAUCACAGCAGAAACUCCAAUUUUGAAAAUGUUAACCUUCAUGACAUUCAAAACGAACUUCAAGUCAUGACAGAUUUGUUACUGUUAAAACUCAACGCCAUGAAAGAAGUCAAUAUUGAGCUUGAGACCUCCAAGACGAAACUCACUUCUGAGUUAGAGUCUAUUCGAAAGGAGAAAGACUCUACCGAGAAUAAUGUGAAAAUUCUCAAUCAAAAAUUAGAACUAUUGGAAAAUGAAAAGAAUAAUCUUCUUCAAUCAGCCAUGGAAAAGCAUCAAGGUUUGUCGCAAGAACUUUUGAACACUAUCAAACAAAAAGAGCAACAAUUAGACGAAGCACUCCAAGAGAAGGAAAGACUCAACAAUGAAUUGAAAUCCUUAACCGAGAAGAUAAAUUCACUUGAGAAUGAAAUUGCACAACAUCAAAACACAGAAAAAGAGUUAAAACUUGAAAUUGAGAAUAAUGAAAAAUCGCUCGAACAGGAAAAGAAGGAGAAGGAAUCAUUGCAAGACAAAAUCAAUGAUUUCACUCAACAGAUUUCACAGCUUGAGAAAACUGUCGAAGAUCUCAAGAGCAAGGAAGAACAUCAAACUCAAGAAUACAAUCUACUUUCACAAAAGUACAACAGCGUGCUCAAUGAGAGUGGUGAGUCGUCGAAACGACUCUCUCAGGAGAAUGAUUCGCUUCGAAAGGAACUCUCCGAAGCAGUAGAGAAAAUGAGUCUGCUCGACAACGACCUAACCUCAACCAGGGAGGAAAAAGAAAAGGCCCUUUCACAAAUUUCACUACUCCAAUCUCAAAUUCAACAACUUGAAAAUGACAAAUCGACUGAAGUGAAUCGUUUAACUCAAGAAAAGAAUUCUCUUGAAAAGAAACUGCUCGAUGACUUGAAACAAGUUCAACAAUUACUCGACACGACCGAGCAAGAAAAGGUCAAAUUCUCUACAGAGCUUGCUGAACAUAAAGAAACUAUUGAAAGGCUUCUCAAAGAGAAAGAUUUGAACAACCAGGAUUCCAACCAACGAUUGCAAAGUAUUUCUUCGGAGCUCGAUUCAGCUCAAAAGGCAACAGAAUUAAUCAAACAACAAUUAGAAUCUUCAACAAAACGUGUCGAAGAGCUUACCACAACUUGCACUCAGCUUAAUGAAACAAUCGAAGGUCUCAAACAAGAUCUUGCCAAAUCGAUCGAAGAAAAGGAUUCUCUUGAGAAGGAACGAAAAUCACUUGCUGACACUGUGCAAGAAUACUCAAACAAACUAGAACAAUUGGAGCAAUCUCUGCAAGAAGAAAAGAAUAAUUCGAUCGAAUUGCAAAAGGAGCUCAAAUCCAAGUCAGAUGAGCUCAGCAAUUCACUUCACGAGAAUGAGAGCACCAAGAUUGAAUUGCAUCGUGCCUUGGAGAGUAUUACUAGCCUUGAAAGUCGAUUAAAACUCCUAACGAGCGAUAAGGAGAAUACAGCAUCUGAAGUGAAUGAACUGAUGCAAGAAAUUGAAAAUAUCAAGAAGGAACGAAAUGAAAUUGAGGACACACUACGAAAUGAAAAGAAGCAACUCUCUGAUUUACUCAAGCAAAAAGAAGAAGAACUGUCAAUGGAAAUUUCUGUUCGUGAGAAAUUAGACAGAGAUCUUGAGGAAUAUCAAAACAAGCUGCAGAGAACCACACAAGAAUUGGAGAGACUUGGAAGCGAUUCCGAUACUCGCUAUCAAGAGCUCCUGAAAGAAAAGGAAGAUGUUUCUACCAAGUUGCAGGAACUCGAGGAACAAAGACGAGAACUCGAGUCACAAUGGAAUUCUUCAAAACAGGAAUUAGAGACCUCCGAUAAGAGAGUGAAGGAAUUGGAAAACCUUGUUGACACAACUGAACAGAAAGUGCAAGAAUUGUCUGAAUUAUUGGCACAAAAAACAAAAGAGUGCCAAGAUCUUGUUAGAGAAAAGCAGCAUCUUGAUCAAACUUUACAGGAGCAAAUCUCAGAGCUCAACAAGGAGAUUGAAAAGUUAACUCAUGACAAACAUUCUCUUCUUUCAGAUUCUAGUCAUGCCAAGGACUCACUUGUGAAGGAACUGGAGGAAGUGUCUGAAAAGCUCAAAAAGCUUCAAGAAGAAAAACAAAAGUUGUCUAAUGAAUUGAAUGAGCAACUGAAUAGCAAUCAAGUGCUCUCAGGAAAACUCUCAGACAUUGAAAGAGAAAAUCGUGAAAAGCAACAAGAAAUUGAAUCUUUGAAGGAACAAAUUGCAGAGCUUCAAAACAACAUUCAUCAAUUGGGUGAAUCUACAACACAAGAGAAAAACAAGCUCAUGGAAACUAUUUCCCAACGCGAAGAGAGAGUCGCACAAUUGGAGCAAGAUCUCAAGACCAGCUCAGAAAAGUUAGAACAGGCCCUUCUUACUCACAACGAUCUGAACGAGCAAAUUGAAAAAUUGAAGCAAGAAAUUGCUGGGCUACGUGGUCAAUUAGAGGCUGUACGAAGCGAGAAAGAAUCAACUGUCGGCAAAUUGCACGAAAUGUUGGAGCAAGUUCAACAAAAUGGGGCAGAGUUAGCCGAAAGUAACUCUACUUUGAAGCAAGAACUUGACUCCAUUAGAAAGAGUAAGGAGCAACUCGAAGUAGAGCUAAAGAAACUUGAAACUGAAAAGAAUCAUGUUGAAGAUCGUCUGAAAGAAGUAUCAAAAGAACUCACGACUGUCUCUCUCGAGCAUGCUGAUAUCAAGAAGCAACAACAAGCGACAGAGAUUAAGGUUGAAGAGUUGAACAAAUUGGUUGAAUUUAAAGAGCAAUUGUUGACAAAAGUCGAAGAGGAAAAGGAAACUCUCAACCAACAAGUUUCUGACAUGGAUUCUACUAUCAAGAAUCUCACUCAACAAUUGAAGAAUGCCAAUGAAGAUGGUGAAGAAUAUAAGGGUCAAAUCAGUCAAUUAGAAAAACAAAUCGAAGAAUUGAAACAAGAAAAGAAGGAAAUUCUUGAAUCAAGUUUGAAUGAGAAGGAAGAAAUGGGAGGCAGACUCAUGCAAGAAUUGAAUAAGGCUCAAGAAACACUCAAAUCAGUGAAUCAAGAGAAAGAUGAUCUUGCUGAACAAUUGAAACAAGUCAAGAGAAGCAAGGAAGAGGUUGAACAAAAUCUCGAUAUGUUGAAACAAGAGAAGGUUGAAAUUGAGGAGAAACAGAAGGAUCUCCUCGAGCAAAUCAACUCUUUAGAGAAAGAAAAGGACACUCUCCUUAGACAAAGCGAAAUCGAAAAGAAAGAUUUGGGCAUUGUCAUUUCUGAGCUUCGACAUACCAUCUCAUCAUUGGAAGAUAAAGCCACCGAACAACAACAUCGUUUCCUGUUGCUUUCUAAAGAAGCUUCCGAUAAACAGGAACUCAUUGAAAGAUUGGAGAACGAAAAGGAGCAGCUUAUCAAACAAAAACAAACUUUAGAAGAGAGUACCAAGCAAAGUGAAACUUCACUUAUAGAAAGCCUCCAAGAGAAGGAACAACAUAUUGCUGAAGUUGAGAAGGAACGCGAAAAUUCUCUCAAAGAGUUAUUUGAAAAGAAGAACAAGAUUGUUGAGUUGGAGGACAAUAUCGCCAAGCUCGAACUUGUGUGUAACGAGACAAAGGAAAGUCUUUCCAAUAAUUCAACCAUGUUGCAAGACCUGAAAAGAGAAAUCGAAGAAAAAACCACUUCCAUCGAAAAGUUAAAUGAAACUCUUUCAAAACAAGAGAAAGAUUAUAAGAAUGAAAUAUCUUCCAUUAUUGAAAAGUUGUCAGAGCUGGUUGAGGACAUUGAUGAAGAAUGCGACUCUGCUGACAGCAUCAUUCAAGCAUUGAAACGUAAGGACUCUCACAUGAAUCACGAGAUCACUACAUUGAAGGAACAAUUGAAUUUCAUCAAAGGAACUCUUGUUGAAAAGGACUCAUUGAUUGAAACGAAGGAAAGCGAGCUCAAGCAAAAGCAAUCCGAGCUUGAAAACCUUCUCAGACAAGAUCAAGAAGAAAUCAACUCUCUUAAACAAGAUAUUCAAAGAAAAGCUGAAGAAAAAGACCAUCUUGAUAAUGAAAUUCAAAGACUCAAAGUUGAAAUUCUCCAAAUCAAGGAGAGUUUAGAAUUGGAGAGACACGAAAAGACUCUUAACAUUGAAAAAUUAAGUCAAAUGCUUGAAACACUUCAGAAAGAUAAACAAGAAAUGGAGACAUCUCAUACCUCCGAAAGAGAUGAAAUGAAAAAACAGCUUGAGGAAGAGCAAGAAGAGCACUCCAAGACCUCUCAAAAGUUACAAGAGGUGACCAAAGAAUUGGAAGGUAUCAUCAAGAGUAAGGACAAAUUGGAGGAUGAUCUUGAAAAGCUUGAAAAUGAGAAGCAACAAGUUGAAAAACAUAUGGCCGAAGUGAUGCAUCAACACAAAGAUAUUUCUCUAGAGCUUCAUGAAGUUAAGAUUGCUCAUCAAAACUCUCAAAAUAAGAUUGAAGAGUUGGCUACAUUGAUUGCAACCAAAGAACAAGAGCUGAAUCUUCUCAACACUGAAAAGAAGCAACUCAAUGAGCAAAUUUCCACAUUGGAUGCCACCAUUAAGAGCCUAAAUCAACAAUUGAAGAAUGUCAAUGAAGAUGGUGAAGAAUAUAAGGGUCAAAUCAGUCAAUUAGAAAAACAAAUCGAAGAAUUGAAACAAGAAAAGAAGGAAAUUCUUGAAUCAAGUUUGAAUGAGAAGGAAGAAAUGGGAGGCAGACUCAUGCAAGAAUUGAACAAGGCUCAAGAAACACUCAAAUCAGUGAAUCAAGAGAAAGAUGAUCUUGCUGAACAAUUGAAACAAGUCAAGAGAAGCAAGGAAGAAGUUGAACAAAAGUAUGCCGACAUGAAGAAGGAACGAGAUGAAAUUGAAGAAGAGAAGAAUGACGUUUGUGAUAAAUUGAGAAACUUGGAAAAAGAAAAGGAAGCUCUCCUUCGACAAAGCGAAGUUGAUAAGCAGGAUUUGGGUGUUAUCAUUUCCGAAUUGAGACGCACCAUUUCCUCUGUUGAAGACCAAUUAACAGAACAACAACAUCAAAAUCUCAAAUUGGCACAAUCUGUUGCCCACAAGGAAGAAAUCAUUGCAAGCUAUGAAAAGGAGAAGGAAGAACUUUCAAAACAACUCUCGAAUACCAAUGAACAACUGGAAAACAGUACAACUGAAUUGCAGACUCUAAACGAGAAAAUUUCAAACAUUCAGGAGCAAUUGAACAAUGCUCAAUCCAAUCUGAAUAACUCUUCUCAAGAAAAGUACGGUUUGCAAACUGAAUUGCAAGCCAAUAGCGACAAAAUUAAUGAGUUGACACAAGAAAUUGAAAGACAACGCAAUGAAUUGCAAAAUAUGAAGAAUUCAUUGGAGGAAACCACUCAGGAUAGAAAUCGGGUGUUGUCAGAACUCGAAGCAGCCAAAAUUCAAAUUACAACUCUCGAAUCUAACAUUCAAACUUUGGAAGAAAAGUGUUCCAAUUUGACUGAAGAAAUUCAAACAAGCAAGACUCUUGGAGAAACACUUACUGCCUCUGUACAAGAUAGAGAGCAAAGUAUCACCAAUUUGAACACUCUACUGAAAGAAAAAGAGGAAGAAUAUGAGAACAGCAUCGCCGAGAUUAUUUCACAACUUGCGUUGUUGAUCGACUCGACGACCGAAGAUUCCAAUGGAAAUUCAUCUCAACUCGUGAGCAAGCAGCUCCAAAGAUUGAAACAAAAACUUGCAGAGUUUGAACGAUCCAUCGAAGAAAAGAAUUCCAUCAUUGAGUCCCGAGAAAAGGAACUCCAACAAAAACAAAAAGAGUUGCGCGAACUCUUAGAUUUACAAGUCAAUGGUGAAGACGCAUUGAAUCGCAUGAAGCACGAAUUAGAGGAGCGAGUUGAAAAAUUGGAGAGAGAAAAGAUUGAAUUGCAACAAGAGAAAACACAACUCAUCGAAACCUCAGAAAAGCAAGGUAAUGUCAUUUCACAACUUACCUCUGAGCUCAGUGGGGUGACUGAGAGAUUGACAGAGAAAGAGAGACAUGCAACUGAUCUAGAAGAGAGGCUUAAAUCUUUGAAUGAAGAAUUGAAUACAAAGGUUGUGGCAUUGUCUGAGCAUGAACAACGUAUUUCCACUCUUGCCAGUCAACUCGAAACCAAGGAAAGUGAAUUACAACAAGUUCUCGAAAAUAUCAAACAAAAAGACCAUGAAUUAGAAGAGAAAAUUACAGAGUUGGAAGAAAAGACCAAGUCCAUCAAGGAAUUGGACUCCAUUCUCGAGAAGCGUGAUCAAGAAAUGGAUAGUUUGAAACAAGUCAAUGCUGAGGUAAAUAAGGAGGCUGUCUCCAAACUCGAAGAAGAAACCAAAGCUCUCAAAGAGCAAAUGCAAACCUUUAUGGAGCAGUCUAAACUCAUGGAAGUUCAAAGAUUUAUUGUGGAGUCUUCCAUUUUGCAUGUACAACUUGUCGAUGUCAUUAUCCACAAGAUUCCAACACCUGUCAAGGUUCUCUUCUUGUGCUUGAAUAAGUGGAAGAUCAACGACGAGGCACAUCCAACCAACAAAUUAUUUGCUACCAACGUGGCACGUGCCUUGGAUUAUGUCGUGGAUAAGAAUUCUUUCAACGAUGACUACUUGAUAUAUUGGAUGAAUGCCAUUUAUCGAUUGCUUGCCCUGUUCCAUGCGCUCAGUAAGGAUGUUGCCAAGUCUGUUGAGAAUGCUCUGAGAUCGAUUGCUCCAACUGCAACAGCAGACGCCACUGUGAUUUUGGACAAGACCAAACCAUCCAUCUCGUCAGCAGCAUCGAGUGACGAAGAUUAUCAUUUAUUCGACCCACCUGAAUUCCCAACACUUUUCACACGACCUUUGAAUGAGAAUGAACUUCCAAGUGAGGGCUUGAUUAAUGACUUGGAUUCUCUUUUCGUGUCCAUGUCCAAAACAUUGGGUAAGGCCUAUUCUUACUUGUGGAUUAAGAAUGUUCGUAAGGUUCGUGAGAAGCUCAUUCGAUCUCUCUUCAGCUCGAAUCCAAUGGACAGUGAAACUGGACCUGACAUUAAGUUUGUAUUGUCAAGCUUGACCGAAUUGAAAACCAAAUUUGACAGUAACAUGACAGAUUCUAGAGUGACCAAUCACUUCUUUGAAUGGUUAGCAAGUGGAUUAGAUGCUGUCUGCUUUAAUCACUUUUUACAAAUCAAGAUGAACACCAAUAGCGCCAUCUCGAUCAAGAUGAGAGUUUCUUCCAUUGAAAAUUGGUUCAACUCGAGAGGAAUUGUACACACAUUGAAACAAACCACUUCGAGUGCGGAAGGAGAGUCCUUUGUUUUGUGUCGACAAGUUGCCGACGUGUGUAUUGUACAGAAAGGUCUCUUGCAGGAAGAAAUGCGAUCUCUGGUUUGUCCCGAACUCACAAAACAACAAGUUGGAUUUGUAUUGUCACACUUGUCUGAAGAUUUUGCCACUGGAAUUUCAUCUUCAGAAAUUAUCAAGGAAUUAGGAGAGGCACCUAAAUUGGAACAAGUCUUUGCAAAACCAACCAUUGACUUUAACAAGUAUACCGAUAUCAAGGAAAAGAAGGUCAAACAAGAUAGUCUUUUCAAUUUCAAUAAUUCCGAGUUGGAUGGAAAUGCCAAAGUUUUGGAUUUGAAAUCGGGUUCAGAAUUACCCAAACGUUUCAAACCAAAGAUGUUUGAAAAUGAGCUGACUUUCUUAAAGUAA